AUGCCUUCCAAUAAUUCUCAAGAAGGGUUCACUAAUAUAGAAAAUCCACCAAAACCAAAGGAUAAUUAUGAUGAGACAGUUCAAAAUGCCAUCCAGAACAACAGUUAUGUAGGUGCUCCAACCAAUAAUUACAGGAGAGCUUCAACUAGUCCCGAUAUAGCAUCCUUGGAAGAACCUACUAAGCUGUCGAGAAACCCUUCGAUGAACAUGCAAGAUGCAAUCCACAUUAGAAGGUUAUCUACAGAAAUUAAUUCUGAAAAUUUGAUGGAUGAUGUAUUAGACAAUAGUGAUAAAAUUAAGAAAACAAAAGAGUCAGAGAAGAAACCUAUAGAAUUUAAUGAUAAAUAUGCCGAUGACACUACAUCGCCAAAUGAUGCGAAGCAACAAACAGGAGAUAAUCCAUUUAGAAGGAGAGAAAGUUCUGCAUUUAAAUAUGAGGAUUAUAAAAAGGAAAUGUAUGACAAGGUGGGAUUUGAUUAA